AUGGCAUCAGCAAGUGAUACAUUGAAAUACUCAGAGCCCGGAUAUGCAAGAUCAGUUGACAGAGCAAAGUUCCCAUUCUAUCUACCGAAUAUAGAUGCAAAGCUCAUUCCCGAGACAAGACAGCUAUUAGAAAAGUAUAGCCACAUCCCACCGGAGGAACAAUCCAAACAUGUUCAUGAAAUCCGUGACCAAGCCUGGGACAUCCGCGCGUACCCUUGCACUGGGGUUGGUGCAUGGCUUGUACCUCAAAUCUGCCGGAACCCUGUAUAUCCUGAGAUUCUGAAGCGGGUCCAGGCCGGUGAGGUACUCAUGGAUGUUGGAUGUUUUCUUAGACAUGAUCUUCGACGAUUAGUCUACGAUGGUGCGCCCUCAGACAAAAUUUAUGCUGUCGAUAUCGUGAGCCAUUGGGAGUUCAUUGAAGCUGAUAUCUUAUCCGAGUCCAAAGUACUGGCGCCAUUGAGAGGUCAAGUAGAUAUUAUCGCAGUAACACAGUUGAUCAGAUUUACCAAAGGGCCUGGCUCCAUGAUUUUAGGAAAUCGGAUUGGAAACCCCAAAGCACAAGAAGUAACUUUGAAGUCACUCGUCGUUCCCAUGUGGCGACACAAUCCGGAAUCUUUUGCAAAAUUGUGGGAUCAGGUUGGACAGGAAACGGGGACAAGGUGGGAAACGCGGGCAAGGAUGAGAUCCUUUGACGAGAUGGCAUUUGGUGUUGAAGAUGGUGCUUAG